CCGGUGUACACUGGGCUCUCCGUCGGUGUGCAGAACUACACCUGUGGAGCCGACGGUACCUGGUCUUCCAUCGGCGCAUUCUCCUACCUAUACGACAUCUCCUGCCUCCCGUUGGACACCCACAGGGCGUUCACGUCGUUCAUUGCUGGCCUCUGGGAUGCUGCGCCGCAGACAGUGACUGCCGCAGACCUCGUUACCAUCACCAAGAACCUCAAUCCCGGCGUCGGGCUCGGCGUCCACUACUGGGUCCCAGACCCGCUCAACGCGACAAGCGGCAGCACCUUCGCCAAAUGGGACUUCAGCCAGUCCGAGCUGAUGGUCAACGACACCAACAAAGUUAAUGCCUUCCUCGUCGCGUCCAAGACCGGCAAUGUCCCCGACCCGUUCACCCCGUCGGUGAACCUGAACUGGCUCGUCGAGUCCGCACUGGUCGUCGACGGAAAGAAUGAUGGACAGCUGGCGGACCAGGUGUUCAGGAUCAACACGAACGGCGGACAGGCACCGAACACUAGUUGCACUCCGAACGCCGAUACCCUCCAAGUCAAGUCUACCAUGGACUUCUGUACGUCCCUUGCCUCUUGA